AUGUGAAAAGUAUCUUUAAUCCUCAACAAUCAAAGCCAGGCUCUCCUCAUGAAAAUAAAGCAUUUCUUAGGCCAUCUAGAACUGCUAUCAAAAAAAGCCCACUUUUACUGCUGAUCCGAGACUCUGCUAUAUAUACCCAGCAAACCCGAGAAUUUUUGCGUCCCCAAACGACGACUUAUUCAUCUUACAAAGCUCGGAAAUAUUCCUUGCCAGCCGGAUCCCAUGAUUUAA